AUGAUGGGACUCAGUGGAGCUGCCCAUGCUGUCAGACACUCAGUGGAGCUGCCCAUGCUGUCAGGGACUCAGUGGAGCUGCCCCAUGCUGUCAGACACCAUGAGGGGACUCAGUGGAGCUGCCCAUGCUUGGGAGAAGCUCCAGAUGUCGACCAAUGAGAGGAGGAAGAUCUUAUGCUCCCUGAUGUUCCACCUGGUGGCUAUUGGUUGUGUUCUCUGUUCCGUAUACGUCCUCGUCAACAGAACCCUCCACGAGAUCAACCUGGGACGCAACACCGACGACAUGUGGAGAAUAUCAGUGAUGAAGUACUACACUGCUGAGGGUGUGUUGGAGUGGCCAUUCUGGAUGAAGCUGGUCAUCGUGGCGAUAGGCAUGGCAGGCGGACUGGUGUUCAUGUACGUCCAGUGUAAAGUGUACUGGUUGCUAUGGAGACGACUCAAAGCCUUCAAUCGCAUCAUCACUGUGCAGAACUGCCCCGAGAAGCCGCCGCCCACCAAUGCCGCGCUGGCCAAUGGGAAUCACCCUGAGGCCGUGGAAGUCCCGAUAGGCCCCGCCCCCGAGGUUAUCCAGAUGGACUCCGACCUCUCGGAGGAAAACCCCGUCUGACACCCACACACACACACACACCC